AUGGACGCGACGGGUCAUCUUUCUUUGAACACUAUCCUUUGCGCCAUUGGCGCAACGGGUCAUCUAGUUGAACAUAUAAAGGAUGAGCCAGUGCGCCCAACUAGCGGCCGUGGCCACGUCUCCUUUUAUUCCCGAGCGCUCGCUUCCUCCCGCCGCCUCCUUCUCUUCCUCUUCCUCUCCCUCGGCAUAGCCCCUCCACCUCCCUCCUCCUUCGACGGCGCCUGGUCCAGAUCGGGCUCAGGUCGUCGCCUGGUCCAGAUCGGGCUCAGGUCGUCUCCAUUGAGAGCAGGGGUGAACAGCGGGAAGCGGUGGGGAGAAGCGAGCGACAGCCGGCAGGGAGAGGUGGAGAGCCACGACGGGGUGGACAGCGGGAAGCGGUGGGGCGAAGCGAGCGGCAGUCGACAGGGAGAGCCACGACAAUGGCCGGCGUCAGCUGCCACUUCCUCCCCUCGUCGGUGCCGCGAGGCCGCUGAGCCCGCGCCCGAGCUUCCCAUCCGUGAGCGAUCGCUCUGCCCACCGGCCGUCCCCCGUCCGUGUGCUUCUUCUCGGGACGUCGACGCCACGGAGCUCGUCAAGUUCCCUCCUUACCUGCCAAUGCUUCCUCCUACCUUGCCAGCCACGUGUGUCCUCACCUUUGUUCAUCAAUUCGUGUGCAGGUAUGGAUCGGUGAUGUUUUUGACGCCCAUAGAGCUAUUACCUCGUGCAUGUGUAUUUUGUGUGCCAGUUUACCAGUUAGUGAUAAUGUCCGUAUGAAUGU